GAAGCUACAAUAUGGAGGUUGUCGAGGUUUGUUCAAAAAGGAAAGCCUCAUCAUGUACCAAAACGAUGGCAUGUCCAUGCAAGACAAAAUACAAAAGAUACGUGCAGCCACCACGUACAAAAUCCUUUGCACCAGAGCGAUUAUAUAAAAUACCGUCGGAACAAUUUGAAGACAGAACGACGUAUCACUUGUCUUAUCUGAAUGUCGAUCGCGCAGCGGCACGUUGUGCGCGACUGCAACCAAUUCGUCCCGUCCAAGCUUUUCAAAAAAGUACUGGCAAGUUUUUCGACGAAACAACAAAUAAAUUAUCUUACCAACCUGUAUGGCAGACCGUAAAAGCAGAGCCUAUCAUACCGAAACGUCGACUAUUGAGUACAGGCGUAAUGGAAACUGUAACGACGGUCCGUCACGAUUACGGGAUGAAACACGUGGAGAGACCAGAAAUGAUUAUACCCUGCGGAAAUAUUCGCACAAGUUCAGCUCCGUUGGAUGACACAACGAUGGCAAAAAUGUCUUACGUUUCUCCAGGACUUAUUGAACCUGUAAUCAGUUUCAAACCAAUAUUAAAGUAUCGUCCAUCGAGCCAGGCACUUUCAAAAGAGACGACGCAAAAGCUAAGCUACCAGCCCUUUGCCGUUGUUAAGAAAGAGUUCCAUCCUUGGACGCAGAGGCCAGUGUACAAGCCACCGGACGUUGCAAUGUGCGGCAAGACUACUUAUUCCGAAAGCUAUAUGGAGAACGAUACGGUUUCCAUGGAGAAGCCCUUCCUCCCCGUCACGGCAUGCGUACUUCCUUACGGCGCGGAAUUCGCGGAUAAAACCAUCUACAAGGAGAGCUAUCUACCGGGUGACACGGAGCGCAUGGAACCGGUUGUUCCCUGUGGCAAUCUCUUUAUCCCCGACGUAAAAAUGUCCGCCGAUACUACUAGCAAGUUGAGUUAUCAACCAGUCUGGACUGAGAAGCGAAAACCGUUUCUGCCACGCGUUAAGACCACGUUGGCAACCGCUAAAAUGCAAUCAGAAACGACGACUCGUUGCGAAUACGUAGCGAAAACGACGUUACGUCCGGACCUUAUCGUCCCCUCCGGCAACAUCCGCACAGUCGACGUACCGUUGGAGGGAGACACGACCACUGGAUUAUCUUACAUAAAACCCGACGUGAUAAAACCUGUUCACAGCUACAAGCCCGUUACGCAAUAUUAUAGGCCGGAAAUUAAGAUCGACUGCGAGACGAUAAAUAAAUUAUCGUAUCAAACGUGGACGCCGCAACCUAAAGAGGAACUUCCGUGGGCUCGAAGGAGCAAAUAUCAAGCCCCGGAACAUCCGAUGACCAGCGACACAGUUUAUCACAUGAGUUAUCCCGUGCCAGGUCAUUAUGUCGAGGACGAUUCGAGCGCGAAGUGUCCUUGCCCGAUCGAACAAACAGAAUAAGGAAUUUGUCUGCCCCGUACUCAAUAGUAGCAUUUUAAAUGCGAAUUUGGAUUGAAUAGUAUCUCUCUGCUGUGUAUCGAAGAUAAAUUAUAAUCUAUUAUACUUUGAUAUGACUUUAAACUCGCACCGACCAAUUUCCCUAUUUUUGGGAACAAAAAUCUUAUUACGAAUAAAAUUAUUUUAGAGUACAAAAAAAUCACAUUCUUUAAAUUUUUUAAUAUUAAUUUCGAGUCUAUUAAAUUUUUUAAAAUUUUUUAAAGUUAAUAACAUACUACUAAACAAAGUGCGUAAGCUUUUGUCAGUAAACAAAAAUAUGAGAACAAUUGCACUAACUAAAAUUAAUAAUUUGUAAUGCAAUUAUAGCAUAUGAUUAAUUAAUAAGGUAGAUAAAGUCAAGAAUUUUUUCUACAUUUUUUUACAGCUCAUUUCACAAGAUUUCGGAUACGGCAAGUACGUCGAGUAAAUCGUGUGAAUUCUAUUCUAAAUAUAGCUACACUAAUAAACAGACGGACUGCUGGAUAGUAGCUUAUCAAGUGAAAGAUUCUUAUUCGAUUUUUCCAUCUUGCCAUUUUACUCAUAUUAUAAUAAAUUUUGAUGAAAAAAAAAAAAA